AAAUUUCAUGUUUGACAUUCAUAACCGUUUGACAGAUACUUUCCGAUAACUUUGCUAAAAUAGUAGUUUUUCCAAAAGAACUAAUAUAAAAUAGUGGUUUAAGUAACAUUUCAAAAGAUCAGACAAAUAAUAUCAACUGCGCAUACAAGCGCAAAACCUUUGUGGUCAUGGAGGUUACCUUGGGACCUAACUCGUUCGAGGAGCCGAGUAUCCAAUACAAAUUGCAACGGAAAUUAAAAGUGUUUAAUACUGCCAACCCCUUACCAAACCGGGGGUAUAACUUGGUUUCUUGCUCCAGCAAAUAUGGGCUAGUUUUUGUUGGUUCACCCGAUGGAUAUUUAUCAGUCUACUACCUAAAACAAUUGGUUGACAAGGAAUGUGAACCCCAGCACUUCACAGUACAACUUCAGGAGAAGCCAACGCAUGUUGCGGUUAACUGUGACCAAGAACUGCUGGUUGUUACUGGUGGACAGUUGUUAACUAUCUACAAGGUUACGGACUUUCAAAACCAGAAUGUGGCACCAUCGUUAACCUUGAAAUGUGAAGUGAGCCCCUCAACAUUUGUGUCAGGGUUGCAGUGGAACCCUUGCAUACCGGACACAAUUGGGCUGACUUACUUUGACGGCACUCUCUUAGUGUCGCAAGUUAGUACUUCACAGAUCAAGAAGGUACCAUCUAAAGCAAGGUGCCUAUGCUGGAGUCCAAAAGGGAAGCAACUUGUGACCGGCAACAAUGAUGGGACACUGAGUCAAUACAAACCAGAUCUAACACCAGCUAAGACUUACCCUGCACCAAACCAAUUUGAAGGGUCCCAAUUAGGAGAAGCCAUAGCAAUUCAUUGGAUUUCAACUUAUCAAUUUGCUGUGGUCUUUAUAAAUGUUACUGAUAAAACCCGGCCAGCUGUAACAUUCAUAAAAACACCAAAAACUGGAGCACCAACAUGUCAAUAUUACGGAGAUAUCUGCUACAGCAUGAGUUCAAACAGACCCUGGUUCUACUACCUGCUUGGAGGAUUGCCCUGGAAUAUUAUAUUAGGUUCAUCAUCAAAUAGUAUGGAGAUAGCAACUCUAGGGUCAUCUGAUGAUAUGAACACUUGGUGUCAGUGGUUCCAGCCCGAUGACGCAAGACCAGAGCUGCCGUUAACAGACAAGAAAAUAGAAAACUUUCCUGUGGGUCUCUCUAUUGACACCUGUGGAAUACAUCAGAUACAGUGGGAUGAAAACACACUGCUUCCGCACAUGCCAUUGUUGCACGUCGUGUCUCAAACUGGCUUGUUGACAAUAUUUAACAUCGUGAACUUGAACAAACAGGCUGCUCCGAUAUGCACUGCCCCACAGCAACUGACUUUGCCAGCAGCCGCUAUGUCCAGCGUGGUUCCGGGCCAGGCCGCCCAAGCUCCAACCCCAGCUGCGCCACCAGCGCCAACUCCUAUUGCUCAACCAAAGCCUGUGCAACCCGCCCCUGUAUCGGCGCCGCAGCCACAGCCGCAGACGGUGCAACAGCCGCAGCAAUUUGGGGGCUUAAACAUACCGAAACCCAGUUUCUCAACGUCAUUUAGCUCCAGUUUUUCCACUAACUUCGAUCAAAAGCCGGCAGCGGCAGAACAAAAACCCACACCGGUACAGCCUACACCUCAACCUGUUAUGGCUCAAGCACAACCCGUUGCGCCUAAACCACUGCCGCCGCAAGUACAAGAGAACGCCGCUUUAAAAGCAGAACAAGAGAAAAUUAACGAGAUGAAAGCAAACCAGGAACUAAAGAAUAUGCUCGUCAAAGAAGUGAAUGACUUUCAAAUGGAGCUGUACAAGUUUUGUGUUAAGACGAGGGAGACUCAGGCGAAGCUACAACAAGAUAUCGACUCAAUAAACGCGAACUUCAACUACACGUCUCAAGACGCGCAACAGUUGCGUAAGGAGUGUUCGUCGGAGGAGAUCCGCGGUGCCAUUGUACAGCUGAAAUUGGAACUAGUUCGAGCUUGCGCGGUUAUCGCUGAAGCUAGGACACAUGCUGAAGCAAAAGAAUACCACCAGUGGACUCAAGCGGAUCCUUUGACUACAAAACGAGUGGCGUCAGUGAAAAAGCUCGCUUACUACGUACAAACGCAGUUGGAACAAGCGCAGAAGGCGCUAGAUUACAAGUGGAACGAAGCUUUGUCUAGAGAUAACAAUCUUAAUAAGCCAGGACAUCGUAUGAUCCGUCCUAUCUUAGACGAAGUGUACCAGCCUCUAGUGAAACAGCAGGAGAUAUUGAGUCGCCAGCAAGCAGUACUGCGUACGUUACGGAACACGCUCAACGAGUGUGACGUCACGCCCAUGUUUAAGACCACCUCGUUGUUGCGAAGCACGCCGUUCAAGAACAAGGAUCCUCUGUCCAAACUAACCAAAAACAUUCUCAACAUGAGUCUCGAUACUACUGACAAUAAGAAAAAGGAACCUCUACUAUCAUCACAAAAACUUGACGCUUUAAGAGACAUGCUAUCAAACCAUAAAACCGUGAAGAUCAAGCCGGUGAAUGUAGAAAUGAGACAGCAUCUAGCAACCAUGAGAAUUAACUAUGAAAAGAGUUUGAAGGAAAAGGUUCAAGCACAGGCGGUUAAGACUGAACCUGAUGUCAAGCCUGAAGUCAAGUUAGAAGAUAAACCUAGUCCAAUCAUUACACCAAAAGCGGAACCAUUCGCUUCAGCGGCCCCCUACAAACCGCAAGUCAUGCCAACGCCGCCCCCUGUCGCUAGGACACUUUUCCCUCAAACAAAACAAGAGCCUGUGCAGAAGCCACAAGCACAAGUUCCUCAGCCGAAGCCCGCGGCGCCGGCAUUCGCCUUCUCCAGCACUCCAGCGCCCGCGGAAACGCGCAGCGUACUCAAAGACCUGUUGCAGAACAAGCAAGCCGCCAAGAACGAUGCCAACACAUUCAUGGGACAGAAUAUAUGUUCACCUUCGUCUUUUGCAUUCUCUCCAACAACAACAACUGCAACGAAAACUACACCUACUUCACCACCAUCAGUGUUCACAGCGAAGCCAAUAUCGGAUAUCAACAACAUGUUCAACAAAUUUCAACCCCAAGCAUUCGGGCAAGAACCUAAACCUCAGGCCAUUGUUCCUGAACCGAAACAACUAUUUGAACCAAAACCAGCAACGGCUCAACCAAGUCCUACUGUUGUUCCUUCAUCGAAACCCCAGCCGUUCUCUGUAGAGCCUAAACAGCAAACUUCUAUCUUCUCCACUCCUAAAUCUAGUGAAACUGGUGAACCUGAAGACAGUAAAGGAGUUGCUACUAAGAAAGUUGAUAAACUGACGAAUUUGUUUGCCAUGAAAACGUCUACACCUAUAUCUAGUCCAGUUGUGCCUGAUGUUUUGAAAGCUACUCAAGAAGUGAAGACUGAUAAAGAUAAGCCUGCUGAAAAGGAGAAAGCAAAGGAGAAUGUUCCUGAAAAAGUUGAACCGAAAGUCGUCCAAAAGCCGGCUAUCGAUAGUAAAGAAUUAUCUGUAUCAUUUACUAUACAGACUCCAAAUAAAUCAUCUGUAUUUGGUAGUACAUCACAGGCUGCAUCAAGCGCUUCUGCGAGGCCUCUUUCACCCACAAAACCUUUAGAAGGAAAACCAAGUGCGAAAAGUGAAACAGCCGCAGUUUCAGAAAAGCCAGAUACGUCAUCAACUAGUACUGCUGCUUCUAUAUUUGGCACAUCUACAGCAAGUCCAGCAACUGCCACAGCUACCAAAUCCGAAGAGAAAACUGAACCAACUCCAUCAAAAGCAGAAAGUACUACCUCAGAAACCACAGAAUCAAGUGCUUCUAAGUCUUCUCUAUUUUCAUCUCCAACUCCUUCGGCCGCGUCUGUGUUUGGAACAGCUGCUGCAUCUCCAUCAAAGCCUUCUUCACCUGCAGCGUCCAUAUUUGCCUCAGCAGUGUCAUCGUCAUCAUCAACGUCAGUCUUUGGAUCUUCGUCUCAAGGCUCGAUAUUUGGAAGCACUUCACCGACGAAAACAACAGCUUCCGUGUUCGGUUCUACUGCUCAAUCGGUAUUCAGUGGUGCAGGAAAUGUGACUAAACCCUCAGUAUUUAGUACGCCAACACCAUCAUCGCCCACGCCGUCUUCACCGACCUCCGGGUUUGGUACAACACCAACAACCACGCAAGCCGGUUCAAUAUUCAGCUCUUCGUUCGCUCAGCCAUCAGUUUUUGCUUCAACCACAACUGCUGCUUCCCCAACUUCGGUCUUCGGUUCCUCAACUACAUCAUCAGUUUUCGGUACCUCGCCUACAACACGAGCUUCCGUAUUUGGGGCGUCAACUACAACGACGGCUUCUGUUUUCGGUUCAACGACUGCAAAAACACAAGCGUCGGUAUUUGGAAGUGCACCAGCAAGUACUGCAAGUGCGUUUACAUCUGCAACUACACCAGCAUCCGGUGCACAGAGUAUAUUCGCGAGUGCCGCAGCUAAUACGACAAAACCGCCUUUGUUUGGCGGAACAGGAUCACCGGUUGUCUUCGGAUCUCAAGCUUCUAGCAAUCAGACAUCAGUUUUUGGGACGGUUACGACGCAAGCGUCUGUGUUUGGUUCGUCUACUGCUACGACACAAUCUUCCGUAUUUGGUUCGCCAAUCGCGACUUCACAAGCGUCAGUUUUUGGAAGUGUACCGACUUCUCAAGCCUCGGUCUUUGGAAGUGCUCCUACAACGCAAGCGUCAGUGUUCGGCGCCCAACCCACUACAACUGCCCAGAGUAGCUCCCUGUUCGGCGGUGCUGAGGCUAAUUUGUUUGCAUCUGCUAGUAUAUCAACUACUAGUGCUCCUUCUCCUACAAGCGGUGGCAGUAUAUUCGGCGGAUCAUCUGGCUCAGUAUUCGGCGGUGGUAGUACGAACGUGUUCGGCGGUAAGGCUGCCUUCGGUCAGCCGAACCCUACAGCGGCCGCGAUCUUCGGCGGUGGCGGGGCCACUGCGUUCGGACAACAGAAACCAGCUAACAACUUCUGGUCUGGUGGCAACAACACCGAGGGUGGCUUUGGAUCUACUGGAUUUGGUCAACAGCCCACUACUCAAGCGUCAUCAAUCUUCGGCGGUACUACAGGCGGUAGUUUCAGUACCCCGUCACCCGCCGGCCAGGCGUUCGGUAGUCCGCAGCAACCAGCAUUCGGGUCAGGGGAUAACAACACUUCGGUUUUCGGAUCACCCCAACAACAAUCUGCAUCACCAGCAUUCGGCGGAUCACCCGUGUUUGGUUCGAAGCCGGUGUUUGGGCAACCAUCAGGGUUCGGGUCUCCUCCUAGCGGCGGCUUUGGUUCAUCUUUUGGUGGAUUCAAUAAGAGUCCCAGUGGGUUCGGCGCACCUGCGGCCUUCGGCGGAGGCGCUACUUUCGGCGGUGGCGCUGCCUUUGGUGGCUCUUCGCCGGGCAAAGUGUUUGGAGGAGCAGCACCCGCCCCUAGUUUUGGUGCCCCAACACAGUCCAACGCUACAUUCGAGAACCUAGCAACACAGAAUACUCUUACGUUCGGGAACUUAGCUCAGCAGUCAGCGCAGCCACAACCACAGCAACCCAGUUUCAAUACGUCACCAUCAUUCAAGGCUUGGAGAGGAUAAAUAAAGAAGACCGCCAUCUGAUCUACAUAGAUAUAAUGUCAAUAUUAUGGAAAGUGUUUUAUAUGUCAAUUGUUUAAUCAUUGUAAUCAAUAAUCUGCAUGAGUGGUUAUAAUAAAACAUAUAAUCUUUUUGA